AUCACCUGAUGUGGUGCAAGGUUCCACCCGACAGCUUAUUUGAACCGUGAGCCGUUGAAGCGGUCAAAGAUAUUUCCCAUUCCAAGGUCGCUCGAGCUGCUUCCCGUUGUCUCACGUGCCGUGCACCUCAAUUGGACGUUUGGGCCAUGAAUCGCACGUCGCGGAUAGAGCAGCCGUACGAGGGAGACGGCUACAACCAGAACCCCAGCCCGCUCUCCAAUGGCGUGACAGCCAACGAGGACCUCAAUGGCGCCGCCAAUGCCCGAGAAUUGGAGAGAGUCCGUCAAAGUCGGUCAAUUGGUAAUGCGCCUCCAAGUGCGCCUGAUAAGCCCAGUUCGGAUCCAGACGUCCGCCAUGCAGGGACGACUCCCGCGCUGGCCAAUGAAGUCGCCGUUGGCCAGCACUCGGGAGAGGAUGCGGCAUUGAACUCAACCGCACCUCUCCCCUUUCGCUCGCCAUCUCAUGCGUCUCGCCGUGGAUCCUCCAACGACGGCGGAGAUGGCUCAAAUCCCAUUCGACGCUUGAAGAAUGCAAUCCUCAAGUUUGGCUCUUUCAUCGGGCCAGGGUUCAUGAUCUCCGUUGCAUACAUCGAUCCCGGGAACUACUCUACCGACGUCGCCGCUGGAGCAACCUACCGCUUCAAGCUGUUGUUCGUCGUUCUUCUCGCCAAUUUAUUUGCUAUCUUCCUUCAGAGUCUUUGCAUCAAACUUGGCACAGUCACUGGUCUCAAUCUCGCCGAGUCCUGUCGAGCGUAUCUCCCGCGGUGGCUGAACUUGGUCCUCUACUUCUUCGCAGAGAUCGCCAUCAUCGCAACAGACAUUGCAGAAGUCAUCGGCUUUGCUAUAGGCCUGAAUCUACUUGCCCCCGCCAUACCCUUGGUGGCCGGGUGCGCCCUUUCGAUUCUUGAUGUGAUGAUCAUCCUCUUCUUCUACCAGCCCCACGGAUCUAUGAGAGGACUAAGAGUCUUUGAGUUCUUUAUUGUCUGUUUGGUACUCGCUGUUGUAGUUUGCUUUUGCUUCCAAUUAUCCUUGAUCAAGGGCACGCACGUCGGAGAUGUCUUCAGAGGAUAUUUGCCAUCUAGUGCGAUCAUUGAGCAAAAAGGCCUCUACCAAGCAUGCGGCAUUCUUGGCGCAACAGUCAUGCCGCACAGCCUAUACCUUGGCUCGGGAAUCGUCCAACCUCGCCUCCGAGCCUACGACGAAAAGCAUGGCCUUUUGCCUCCCCAGUUACAGGAGUCUUCAAUCAGUGAUGGCAUCGACAAGGGCUUUUAUACCCCGUCCCUGAGAGCCAUAAGAUACUCGAUCAAGGUCGCAACAGCGGAGCUUGCCGUCGCCCUCUUCACUUUUGCGCUGUUUGUCAAUUCGGCUAUUCUUAUCGUCUCUGGAGCCUCGUUGUACAAUGACCCUGACGCACCUGAUGCCGAUAUCUUCAGUAUCCACCGCCUGCUCUCUAAAUCUAUAUCUCCAGCAGCCGGGACAGUCUUUGCUCUCGCAUUGCUUCUCUCUGGCGUCUCGGCCGGCGUCGUGUGCACUAUUGCUGGACAGAUGGUCAGCGAAGGAGCCUUGGAUUGGAGAAUGCGACCCUGGCUUCGCCGACUCGUGACGAGAAGCAUCAGCAUCACGCCUAGCAUCAUCAUCGCCGGAGCGGUGGGCCGAACUGGCUUGAGCCAGGCACUGAAUGCAUCCCAGGUCGUCCUCAGCGUCGUCCUGCCAUUUGUCACGGCUCCCUUGAUUUACUUCACGUGUCGCAAAAAAUACAUGACAGUUCAAGCUGGCGGCGCCGGGUUCAACACCACUCUUGUCGGAGAGAACACCGCAGUCCGGCGCAACUCGGGGUCCACGGAGCCAGGGAGAGCCAGCGAUGGAAGUGUGAAGAUGGCCAACUCUUGGUAUACCGCUGUCUUUGCGGUGUUAGUCUGGGUCAUCAUUGCAGGAAUGAAUAUAGCCAAUCUGGUUCUCUUAGGAAAGGGUCAGUAAACGGAAAGACAAUAUUCUGCCCGGUGUCGAGCCAUUUUCGUCCUGCGCUGCAGGUUCUGAGAUCCGAUGUUCUCGCAGUUUGGGGGUGGUUUCCCCCGAUGUUGGCAACGGCUAAGGUGUGCUGAUUUGAGGCAAUACCUCUAUGAGCUUUUAAUGCAAUAAUUCAGUAAAUUGUUAAUGACA